AAAGGCCGAUCGAUGACGAUGAGCGAGCAAGACGAUUUCUUUACACAGAUGUGCCACUUUGAACCGAUCGAAAUUCUUUGUAGGCGGCAUAGUGUAGUAGUACCAGUACUUCUCCAACACGUCUACUACCAUUAGCAAUCAAUACAUCUCAGAAUGUCACCAGCUAAACCUGCAUGGCUCCCUAUCCUUGAGCAGCAGCUCAAAGAGAACCCCAAGUGUCUCGCCUAUGCUUUUUCCACUUUAUCCCAGGAGGGUACCCCCAAGGUCAGGCAUGUAAUCCACAGAGGGUUUACGCCGUCUAGUCUUCUUCUGACAACCACUGAUACCCGAAUGGAUAAACCCGCCCACCUCUCUCACUCCUCAACCAUCGAGCUUGCUUGGUGGCUAUCCUCUACCAAUGUCCAAUUCCGCAUUACAGGUCAAGCCUAUACUAUCCCUCUCACCAUGUCUCUCUCUGACAAGGAGUUUAACAGAGUCAUCGAUGGGCUCAAGGUUACGGGCACAGAAGAAAGUCAGAAAGAAUGGUGGGAAGGGAAGAGGAACGAGCUGUGGCAAGGGGUCAAUGGUCGCUUACGUGCAGGGUUUGGAAGGCCAUCUCCCGGAAAGAGGCUUGAGGAAGUUGAGGACUCCAGCAAGUGGCCGGAAACCAUUCCCGCCAAAUCGGAUGAUCCGGAAGGCCAAAAGCUUGUAGAAACAGCGUAUAACCACUUCGCCAUCGUGGCCAUUCGUCCUGAAGCAGUUGAGUUCUUAGAACUCCAACCAAUCCCUAAUCGCAGGACUCAGUGGAGGUGGACAAAGAACCCAGAUAUCGAAGAUAGUGGAAGCUGGGAGGAGGUCAAAGUAGCUCCUUAGGCUUCUGUUUUUCAUAUGAUGCAUUGUACUCAAACAAUAGUAGCA